AUGUGCUCAGAAUUCAAAAUAUUUAAUGCAACUGAAAUAUGGCAGAGAGAAACAAGCUUGCCUUCUGUACCCACGUUCAGUCAAACUUUAGAUGGUGUGUUAGGCAAUGGUGGUAUACAAUUAGGGUCUAUCUAUGAGUUCUUAGGGCUGCCUGGUACAGGAAAGACUCAAAUUUGUUUGCAGCUAUGUGCAUCAGUACAAAUACCCAAAGAGCUAGGAGGUUUAAACGCUGAAGCCAUUUAUAUUGAUACAAACACAAAUUUUACAAAAACAAGAUUUAAAGAAAUUCUAUCAGCUAGUCUAGAAAGGUGUAGAAAAAUGCUAAGUGAUAGAAAGUAUGACGAAAAUGCUGCUUUAAAGAGAUUACAUUAUGUAAAGGCACUUGGCUUAGAAAGGUUCUGCAGUUUAAUUCACAUGUUACCAGAUAUAAUAUCAGAAAGACCCAAUGUGAGACUCAUAGUAAUAGAUUCCAUAACAUUCCCAUUUAAAGAGGGUGUAACAGUGAAACACCGAACAGGGCUCUUGUUCCGGUUGAUAGCUGAGGUUCAAAAGCUUGCGAUGGACAAACGAAUCGCGGUUGUAUUAACAAAUGAAAUGAGCACGCGCAUAGGUUUAUCUACGGGCUCGCUAGUCGGUGCAUUUGGAGAUGCGUGGGCGCAUAGGUGCAACAAAAGAAUACUACUAUCUGCUCCGGAACCCUUACACAAGGAAAGACUAGCCGCGCUAAUCAAGAGUAAUAAUUCGCCGGAGACAGCCGGAAAAUUCCAAAUCACCAACGGAGGAAUAAGGGAUGUUUAA